AUGGCCGGCGAGAGCAAUCAUGAGAAUGUGGAUGUCUUCAGACGAGGCUCUGUGAGCACCCUCAGCGAGUGCGAGCCUCUGCUUCCAGAUGGACACGCACCGGCAUUGUACAAGACGAUAAGUCACGUCAAUGAAAUCACCAAACAAGCAAAUGGCCUAACGGAUGACGACGAGGGCGCCCAUGUGAAAGAAGUCAAGCCCAGGGCUGCUGGCGUCUACACGACUCUUUCGGUGCUAUUGCUCGGCGUGUUCGUCUCGCAGACCGAUCAGAGUUUCGUGCUGGCGACGUAUGGUGCGGUCUCGUCAGAAUUUGAUGAUCUCGAGUCGGGAAGUUGGCUCAUAUCUGCCUACAUCCUGGCACAAUGCGUGGCUCAGCCUCUCUACGGCAGGAUGGCCGACAUCUACGGUCGCAAAGCUUGUCUGCAAGCCUCGUACAUUCUCUUUGCCAUUGGGACUACUGUAAGCGGUCUGGGCCAGAAUAUGGGUCAGGUCAUUGCAGGUAGAGCUAUCCAAGGGGCUGGAGGCGCUGGUAUGGUCUCCAUGGUGAGCAUUGUGGUUACUGAUCUGGUGCCUCUGCAAGAGGUUGCCACACUCUGGGGCUACGUGAAUAUCCUUCAGACCACUGGAAGGAGCUGCGGUGGGUUGAUUGGUGGGCUUCUAACUCAGACUCUGGGUUGGCGAUGGGCCUUCCUAGUCCAGGUACCUCCCGUAGUCAUCGCAAUCAUCUUGGUUCAAUGGCGACUCCAGCUACCCACGAACCCUUCAGAGACCGAGAGCAGCAAGUGGGAGAAGCUCAAGCGUGUCGACUUCAUCGGGGCGUUCUUCCUCUGCUAUACGAUCUUCGCGGCCUGCUUCACCCUAGACGUUGGAGGUCGGAGACUGCCAUGGGACAGCCCCGUCUUGAUCGGCAUGCUCAUAUCCGGAAUCGCAUCCGCCAUCCUCUUCGUCGCCUCAGCAAAGCAUGUCAAAGAACCGAUCUUCCCACUCAGGCUACUGACACACUAUGACACGGCGAUGAAUUAUCUUGUAGUUCUACUACAAUGCAUGGUGCAAUUUGCGCUGAUGAUGUCUGUCCCGGUUUACUUCCAAGCCACCAGACACGCAACUACAGCGGCUGCCGGAGCAUACCUCAUUCCUGCCUUCGUCGGAAAUACCCUCGGCGGCCUGCUCGCUGGAGUCUGGAUCCGGAAGACAGGUCGUUACAAGUAUGCCACUGUGCUGGCGCCUAUCCUUGCUGGAGGCUGCAUGUUGCUAUGCUUGCUGCGUUGGAAUGGCACCACUGGUGUCUGGGAAUCACUGUACAUCUUCCCAGGCGGCUUCGCCACUGGUAUGGUGACCAGCUCUGCAUUUGUUGGCAUGGCAGCUGGGAUUGACGAAAGCGAUAUUGCGGUGGCCGGCUCGGGGAUGUACUUGUUCAUCAGUAUUGGCGCUGUUGCGGGGGCGAGUGCUGGAGGAGCCGUGUACCAGCUAGACCUCCGUUCUGGUCUCGAACAGGCUCUGCAGUGUGUGAACGGAGGAGACAAGGGGCUGUUGGAUGAUAUAGGGUACUUGUGGACGCUGAGUGAUGGUCUACGGCAGCGAGUGAUGCCAUCAUAUGUGAUGAGUUUCCAUAGGGUCAUGUGGCUCAACCUCGCAUGCUGUGCACUCUCAUUAAUCAUCGCCGCAGUCUCGAGACAAAACAAGAUUAGAAAGAAGUAG